AUGUCCAGCUCUCAUCGCGCUAACGCGCUCGUUACAUCCUGUUUGAAAACCCCGGUGGAUCCGCACACCAGAGUCCCGCUGGCUUCAUACGAGAGAGCGCGUGCUACCCCGUUAAUAACGGAUGGAGAGCAGAUGGAAUUGGACUCUGAAUUAGAUCCAGACACUGAUGAUGCACACGCUAGAGUCAGUUGCCCUCUGCCAAUUACAGAUCGCUGUAAAAAGGGUGAUCACAUUGACCUGCGUGAGCUGUACUUUUCUAAUGAGGAGUACUACCGCAAACUGGAGCAGCUGAAGAGAGCCCACCUCCGCACCAUGGCUGAUCUCGACCUCCUGUACCUUAAGAAACUUGAGCUGAAAGGCACUGCACCUCUGAGCAACUCUGCCAGAGUCUGUCAGCUACAGUGUCAUCAGACAAACAAUACAACUGGAAGAAAACUGAAGAAGGCUCACUCAGCCCAUGAGCUCAGAAGCAGCACCGACAUUGAUGAGGUGCGCAAUGACCGAGGUGACCAUGUCAAUCAAAAUAUUACAAAAGAUCUGCUCAGCUCACCCAAAGAACACAUCAAAAACAUGUGGCGAGGCUUCUGUGUUAACAAAAUGUCUCCAAGUAAGCAGCAACCUUCCUCAGCAUUGCCCCAGAAGCAAGCCAUGGUGGAACCAAGCGCCAUAGCCGGAGUUCAAAAGUCAAAAAAAGGAAAGGGGUCAAAACAGGUAGGCUGGUGUCCACAGGUGACAGUGCCCAAGCCCUUCCAGAUGAUGCUCCGAGAGGUGGAAUACAAACGCAAGGGGAUCAGGUCUCGCACCGAACUUGAGCAUGAGAAUGAGAAGCUGCGCCGGGAAAUAGAGGAGCUGACAGAGUGCCAGCGCAAGUUCCGAGCCACUGCGGUGCCUGCUCAUGUGCACUUGCCACUAUAUGAGGAACUGCAGAAGCGAGAUGAAGAACGUCAUCAACAGUUUCGAGCUGCAGAACAGCAGCGCCUCCUUGCUGCCCAGAGGCCCUUUCGCUUUCUGGAGAGAGAGCAUAUCAAGAAACAGCAGAAGGAGCUCCAGAUGCUCUCCUCUAAGGAGCAAAAGGAGCACAGGAGGCGCCCAUUUCGUGCCAAACCUAUUCCCCGUGCGGUUAAGGAUGCAGCAUUCGGCGAGCGCCAAAAAGAAGAGCAACUCUACCGGGAAAUCAGGAAAGAGAUGCGGGCAACAGAGAUGCUCUUGAGUGCCACUGAGCCACCCAGCAUGCUGGCCAAACGUCUCAGUGAACGCCAUGCACAGAGAGAAGGGGAGUCUGCCGACAGCAGCAACCACAGGAACAGAAUCAGAUCCCAGAUGCCCGACUUCGAUGCCAGCUGUAGGCACUUCCAGAAGCAGCUUGCAAGCAAGCGGGAAUUUCGACCUGUGACAGCUUGUGAACCUUUCAAGCUGUGCAUGGCUAACAUCAGCUCACGCAAAGAGCGCCUCAAAGCCAAUACUGAGGCAGAGAGGAGGAGCCAGUGCCUGUUUGAUUCACUGUCACCUCAAACACCUUCAUCCUCUGUGUGUUCAUCUCUCUCUGGGAGCCAUGAAUACAUACCUUCCAAAAUUACUAACGCAGCCAAGAAGCGUCAAGAGGCUGUUAGGAAAGUUCUUGAACAGAGGAAGAAGGCUGAGCAAGAAGUGGAGAAAUGGAAGGAGCAGAAGAGGCAGAAGGAGAGGAAAUUGCAAAAGCUGAUAACCAAGCGUGCUCAGGCCAAUGACCCACACAUGGCCCUGGCACAGAUUUGUGAAUCCAAAGUCAAGGAGUUCAGGAAACAGGACCUGCAGAGGCACAGGGAGUAUCAAGAAGAAAUGAGAGAAAUUCAAGAGAGAGUGAAAAGUAGACCUCUUCUACUAGAACGAGUAACACAGAUGAAUGCUAAGAAGGCAGCAGAGAAGCGUUAUACUGAAGCUCUGCAUGCAUUUGGCCUCAGUGAGGCCUUCGUCAAGAGUAAAGCUCCUACAAGUGAACACGACGACGCUCUCUCGGGUCAUUCAAUGAUUCACACGCCUCUCACACACAGGAAGGACCAAACAGCUGAUCAUCUGGAGGAUGCGGAUUUUGAAGAUUUACUUGGCGAUUAUCCUGGUGAUUAUGAAGAUGUCGAGAAUGUACUGAUGGACAGAAAGAACAAGAGGCAGCAGGAGCAAGAGGAAAAUGGAAUAAAACUCGAUAAAGAAGGUGACCCCAAUGAAGACGGAGACGGCAAUCGUUCCUAUGAAGACGAUCUGGAUUUUGAUGAUUAUGAUGAUCAGGAUGGGGAUGAAAGUGAUGAAGGAUGUGGUGACAGGAGCCACAGUCGCCAUAGCAACACAAGCAGGGUGAGUGACGACGGAAAACGAAGUACAAGCCCUUUAACGGAUGGAGGGAGGAAAGAAGAAGAUGGGGAAAGCAGGCAUGGAAGUCAGGAGUCUAUGAGUGGUGAAGAAACAAGUUAG